UCCCCGCGCCCGGGCCGGGGCCCCCGGAGGGCCGGGAUGGCCUGAGUGCCCGAGGCGCGGCGGGGCAGCAGCCGGAGUGCGACAUGGGGAACCAGGAUGGGAAGCUGAAGAGGAGCGCAGGUGAUGCCUCCCACGAAGGAGGCGGCGGCGGCGCGGAGGAUGCUGUUGGGCCCAGAGAUGUGGAGGCCACAAAGAAGGGGAGCGGGAGCAAGAAGGCUCCGGGCAAGCACGGCAAGGGGGGCGGCGGCGGCGGCGCGGAGCCCGGCAAGAAGAAGAGCAAGUCGGACUCCAGAGCCUCGGUGUUUUCCAACCUUAGGAUCAGGAAGAACCUGUCCAAGGGGAAGGGCGCCGGCGGCUCCCGCGAGAAUGUGCUGGACUCCCAGGCCCUGCACACCGGGGAGCUGGACAGCGCUCCCUCCCUGAUCACCAAGACGCCGGACCUCAGCCUGUCGGCGGACGAAACAGGCCUGUCGGACACCGAGGGUGCCGACCCUUUUGAGGUGACCCGUCCAGGUGGCCCUAAGCAGGCGGUGACUGGAGUGGGGGGCCAGGCUGUCGCCGAGGAUGUGGAAACUGCGGCAGGGGCGCAGGAUGGACAAAGGACCAGUUCGGGCUCGGACACGGACAUCUAUAGCUUCCACUCGGCUACGGAGCAAGAGGAUUUGCUCUCAGACAUCCAGCAGGCGAUACGCCUGCAGCACCUCCAGGGCGCCCAGGAGCCAGCAGUGUCCCCCACUGCCGCCUCCCCGCAGCCCGGGGCCUUUCUGGGCCUGGACCGAUUCCUGCUGGGGCCGAGCGGCGUGGCCGGGGAGGCCCCGGGCAGCCCGGACACAGAGCAGGCGCUGUCUGCGCUCUCUGACCUGCCCGAGAGCCUGGCCUCGGAGCCCCCCGUGCCCGAGCCACCGCCGCCCCCCAGCGGCCGCCGAGCCCCGGAGGCGCCCGUCCCGCCGGUGGCUGAGCCGCCGGCCGCGGACUCCCCCUCGCCCACCGUCUUCCAGUUUCCCGAGGCGGGACCCGGGGAGGGCGCGGCCGGAGCCCCUGAGCGGAGGGCUGGGGACACGGAUGAGGAAGGCGAGGAGGAUGCUUUUGAGGAUGCGCGCCGCGGCUCUCCGGGGGAGGAGUGGGGCCUGGCGGUGGGAGAGGCCCCGCAGGGGCUGGGGGCAGAGCCGGAGGAGGGGGCGCAGCGACCCUGCGUCCCCGAGGCCGCCUCCCUGCCCGGCAGCCCGGCGCCCAGCCCGCGCUGCUUCAGGCCCUACCCGCUCAUCGCCCCUUGCUACAUCAAGACCACCACCCGGCAGCUCAGCUCGCCCAACCACUCCCCGUCGCCGUCCCCCGACCAGAGCCCCAGGAUCAAGAGGCGGCUGGAGUCCUCUCUGAGCCGGGGACCCAGAGCCGCCUUCGCCCCCGCGGCCGCCCCGGCCAAGAAGCACCGAGCCGACGGCGGCCUCGCGGGCGGCCUCAGCCGCUCGGCCGACUGGACGGAGGAGCUGGACGCCCGCGCGCCCCGGGCGGGCGGCUCCGCACACCUGCUGGAGCGCGGGGCGGCUGCCGACGGUGGGACGCCCCCGGCGCUGGCGGCCAAGGCGUCUGGGGCGCAGGCGGCUGCGGACGGCUUCCAGAACGUGUUCACUGGGCGGACUCUGCUGGAGAAGCUGUUCAGCCAGCAGGAGAACGGACCUCCCGAAGAAGCAGAGAAGUUUUGCUCCCGGAUCAUCGCCAUGGGCCUUCUCCUUCCUUUCAGCGACUGCUUCAGGGAGCCGCGCAAUCAGAGCGCCCAGUCAAGCUCAGCUCCGUUUGAUCAAGAUCAACUUUAUACCUGGGCUGCGGUUAGUCAACCCCCACACUCACUGGAUUACACAGAGGGGCAGUUUCCCAGGCGAGUCCCAUCGGUUUGGCCCCCAUCGGACCUUCCUGAUGAAGAGCGCAGACCCAAGGACGAGGCAGCAGAAUCUCAAUCUGCUGUUUCGGAAACUCUGAAAAGUUGUUCAGACACUGUUGAGCAGGAAGUCGUAGACAUGAAGUCCGAGGGACAGGCAACUGUCAUCCAGCAGCUGGAACAGACCAUUGAGGAUCUAAGAACCAAAAUCGCUGAGCUAGAGAAGCAGUGCCCUGCGGUGGACGCGGACGUGGCCGGCGGCCGGCCCGGGGCUCGGAUCGGAGUGGCGCCCGCAGUGGGGGUCGGCCUGGAAGCUCUCAGGUUAGGAGGACAGGAUGUGCAGCAGCAAAGGAUUUUACAGGCCAGGUCGAUCCAGACGUCCCCGACAGAGGAGGGGGGGCUACCGACGCUGCCUUCUGUUAAUACACUGCCAGAGUGUCCCUCUUGGCCACCAGGGGCUGAAAGUGGAGUCGCGGCCGUGCCGUCCUCACCUUCCGGACCUCAGACGAAAUUCUGUUCAGAGAUUUCUUUGAUUGUGUCUCCAAGGCAAAUAUCCGUACAACUCAAUGCACAUCAGCAGCCGCCGCCACCUCCACCCCUGCCGGGGCCGGCCGGGCAAGCACAGGUCGGCUCCCUGCCUGCCCAGCCUUCUCUUCAGACUGAGUUUGAAACCAGCCACGAACAGUCUGUUUUACCGUCCUUUGCAAACGGCCCGAACGUCCCGCCCCCGCCGCCCCUGCCUUGCACGGGGCCUUCCACCUCCACGUCCGGCCUGGGCAUGGUGGCUCCCCCCGCACCGCCCCUCAGUACCACAGCCCCUCCGCCCCCUUGUAUCCCUGGUACACAGACGCUGCCCCCUCCUCCCCCACCUUUGCCAGGUGAGGGAAUACCUCCACCCCCUCCACUUCCCGCAGUGGGAAUACCUCCUCCGCCUCCUCUUCCCGGAGCGGGGAUACCCCCUCCCCCACCCCUUCCCGGAGCAGGAAUACCUCCUCCCCGACCUCUUCCUGGAGUUGGGGUACCCCCUCCCCCUCCUCUUCCCGGAGCGGGAAUACCUCCUUCCCCACCUCUUCCCGGAGCUGGGAUACCCCCUCCCCCUCCUCUUCCCGGAGCAGGGAUACCCCCUCCCCCUCCUCUUCCCGGAGUGGGAAUACCCCCUCCCCCACCCCUUCCCGGAAUGGGGGUACCCCCUCCCCCACCUCUUCCUGGAGUUGGUGUACCCCCUCCCCCACCUCUUCCCGGAGUGGGUGUACCCCCUCCCCCACCUCUUCCCGGAGCGGGGAUACCCCCUCCCCCACCUCUUCCCGGAGCGGGGAUACCCCCUCCCCCUCCUCUUCCCGGAACAGGGAUACCCCCUCCCCCUCCUCUUCCCGGAGUGGGAAUACCCCCUCCCCCACCCCUUCCCGGAACGGGGGUACCUCCUCCCCCACCCCUUCCUGGAGUUGGUGUACCCCCUCCCCCUCCUCUUCCCGGAGCGGGGAUACCCCCUCCCCCUCCUCUUCCCGGAGCGGGAAUACCUCCUCCCCCACCCCUUCCCGGAGCGGGGAUACCCCCUCCCCCUCCUCUUCCCGGAACGGGGAUCCCCCCACCUCCUCCCCUGCCAGGUGUGGGUAUUCCACCCGCUCCAGCUCCUCCCGGUCCUGGAACAGGCGUCCCCUCACCCCCACCCCCACCCGCUCUGCUUCCUGGAUCUGGCCCUCCACUCCCCCCACAAGCUGGGAGUAGCACUUUACUAACGCCACAAGUGUGUGGAUUCCUUCCCCCUCCGAUGCCAACUGGCUGGUUUGGAUUAGGGAUGAACCAGGACAAAGGGAGUAGGAAGCAGCCAAUAGAGCCUUGUCGGCCAAUGAAGCCUCUGUACUGGACGAGAAUUCAACUACACAGUAAAAGAGACUCCAGUCCUUCGCUUAUUUGGGAAAAAAUUGAAGAGCCAUCCAUAGAUUGUCAUGAAUUUGAGGAAUUAUUUUCUAAAACUGCUGUGAAGGAAAGGAAGAAACCUAUUUCUGACACCAUCACAAAGACCAAGGCUAAACAAGUUGUCAAGUUAUUAAGCAACAAAAGAUCACAAGCAGUUGGAAUAUUAAUGUCUAGCCUUCAUUUAGACAUGAAAGACAUACAACAUGCUGUUGUGAACUUGGACAAUUCUGUGGUUGACCUGGAGACUCUGCAAGCUCUCUAUGAGAAUAGGGCACAGUCCGAUGAACUGGAAAAAAUCGAAAAGCACGGCCGGUCCUCCAAAGACAAGGAAAACGCCAAGUCUCUGGACAAGCCUGAACAGUUUCUUUACGAGCUGUCACUAAUCCCCAACUUUUCAGAGCGAGUCUUUUGCAUCCUGUUCCAGUCCACGUUUUCAGAAAGCAUUUGCUCAAUUCGUCGCAAGCUUGAAUUGCUGCAGAAAUUGUGUGAGACAUUAAAAAAUGGCCCAGGGGUUAUGCAGGUUCUGGGUUUGGUUCUUGCCUUUGGCAACUACAUGAAUGGCGGAAAUAAGACUCGGGGACAGGCAGAUGGUUUUGGAUUAGAUAUUCUUCCGAAGCUUAAAGAUGUCAAAAGCAGUGACAAUAGCAGAAGCCUUUUGUCAUAUAUUGUUUCCUAUUAUCUUCGGAAUUUUGACGAGGAUGCCGGAAAAGAACAGUGUGUUUUUCCAUUACCAGAACCUCAGGACCUUUUUCAGGCUUCACAGAUGAAGUUUGAAGAUUUUCAAAAAGAUCUCAGAAAACUAAAGAAGGACUUGAAAGCCUGUGAGGUGGAAGCGGGGAAAGUGUACCAGGUAUCCUCAACGGAGCACAUCCAGCCCUUCAAAGAAAACAUGGAACGAUUUAUUGUUCAAGCUAAAAUUGACCAAGAGGCAGAAGAGAACUCACUAACAGAGACUCAUAAAUGCUUUUUGGAAACCACAGCCUAUUUCUUCAUGAAACCAAAAAUUGGAGAGAAGGAGGUGUCCCCAAAUGUUUUUUUCAGUAUCUGGCAUGAAUUCAGCUCUGACUUUAAAGACUUUUGGAAGAAAGAGAACAAACUCAUUCUACAAGAGAGAGUAAAAGAAGCCGAAGAGGUGUGCCGGCAGAAAAAAGGCAAAUCACUCUAUAAAAUUAAACCAAGACAUGACUCUGGAAUUAAAGCAAAGAUAAGCAUGAAAACCUGAACAAAGAAAAGCAGAUGAACAUGAGUCACUCUCUUAACCGCUCCCAACUCAUUCCGCUGACCUGAAGGCGGGAAGGAAACUACAUCAUUUUGAUCAUUUUUCUUCUUGACCUCUUGCAUAAUCUUUGCGUUUUCUAGACAGUUCACUGAUGGUUGAGUUCUACUGUACAUUCAUAUUAAAAUGCAAAAGCAGUAGAUCAGUGGAGAAUUGGACACCUUUUCUUUUUGUAAAAGUUUAUGGUAUUAUACCGAUAGACCGAAACGGCAUGUUAUAAGAGGCAGUAUCUGCGUUAAUUCUGAACAUGCUACACAUUAACCUAAAAUUUACUCUUGUGAGGAUAUUCCAUAUACAGCAAAAUUCUUUCCUUUCUACUGACAACCAGUACUCCACAUCACUGCAGUUAGAUUGAUGGUUAAAAUGUUAUUUCUAGUGAAUUCUGUCCGUUUCACAUCUACGUAUACAUUUUCUAUUCUCAAAUUUAAGUACUAUUUCUAUGUCAUUAUUGAGGCUUUCCCGACUUUUUGAGUUGCUCUCCAUAAAUAUAUAUUUGUGAAAGAGAUUGUAAUUUUUUUAACUUGUCAGAUAAUGAGCUGAAAAAAAAUAUAGAGCAGAAGAAAGCCCCUUUCCUAUGAAUCGUGUAAUAUAGGCAGAAAUCAGAGUUCUGUUUAUUGAGGGUUUUUAUCGGAGGGUUAUUGGAGACCCUACAUGAAACUAAUCUGUAGCAGAAGGAAGUAAACCGAAGGUGCACUUCUUACUUUUGACAUAACUGGGCUUGUCUCUAUGUGUUACAGCAGGUGAUCA